AUGCUGUUAACGGCCCUCUCCCUUAUUUACACCUCUCCCUUAUUUACACCUCUCUCUUAUUUACAACUCUCCUUUAUUUACACCUCUCCCUUAUUCAGUCCUCUCCCUUAUUUACACCUCUCCCUUAUUCAGUCCUCUUCCUUAUUUACACCUCUCUCUUAUUCAGUCCUCUACCUUAUUUACAACUCUCUCUUAUUCACUCCUCUCCCUUAUUUAGUCCUCCUCCUUAUUUACACCUCUCCCUUAUUCACUCCUCUCCCUUAUUCACUCCUCUCCCUUAUUUACACCUCUUCCUUAUUCACUCAUCUCUCUCUUAUUUACAUCUCUCCUUUAUUUACACCUCUCAAUUAUUCACUCUUCUCCCUUAUUUACAGCUCUCUCUCUUAUUUACAAUUCUCCCUUAUUCACUCCUCUCUCUUAUUUAAACCUCUGCCUUAUUUACACCUCUCCCUUAUUCACUCAUCUCUCUCUUAUUUACACCUCUCUCUUAUUUACACCUCUACCUUAUUCACUCCUCGCUCUCUUAUUUACACCGUCCCUUUUUACAUUGUGUCUGUCGGUUUCGUCCUUGCUAAAAAGUAA